GAAGCCUCUGCUUCAACUUCUCUCGCAAACCAACCCCACCAAGCGGGUGGUUGGUACUACUUCAUCGAUCUUAUAGAGCGAGAAAUCGAGAGGCAAACUUAAGCAGAGGAUGGCAUUAGCACGUAGAGUCUCUUGCAGCCUCCCUCAAGUUGUUGGAUUGACAAACAGGUCCUUCAAUUCUUUGAAAUUCCCUGACGACUCUGUUGGAUCACCAUCCUCUUCCUUUCUCACCCAUGGAAUCCAUGUAUUUCAGUGCCCUGAUACGGUCGGAAUUGUAGCCAAGCUGUCGGAUUGUAUUGCUUCUAGAGGUGGAAACAUUCUCGCCGCUGAUGUUUUUGUACCUGAAAAUAAACGAGUCUUCUACUCUAGAAGUGAUUUUGUAUUUGAUCCUGUUAAAUGGCCACGCGUGCAAAUGCAUGAAGACUUUCUAAAGCUUUCAAAAGAAUUUAAUGCAAUGAGAUCUGUUGUAAGGGUGCCAGCGCUGGAUCCUAAAUAUAGGAUAGCUGUUCUGGUGUCAAAGCAGGAUCAUUGCCUGGUUGAUUUACUACAUGCGUGGCAGGAUGGAAGACUUCCAGUGGAUAUCAAGUGUGUAAUUAGUAACCACGACAGGGGACCAAAUACCCAUGUUUUUCGUUUUCUUGAGAGGCAUGGCAUUCCUUAUCAUUUUUUAAGCACAACCAAAGAGAAUAAAAGAGAAGGGGAGAUCUUGGAGCUGGUUCAGAAUACAGAUUUUUCAGUCCUUGCAAGGUAUAUGCAGAUACUAUCUGGCAACUUCUUAAAGGGCUAUGGGAAGGACAUCAUUAACAUUCACCAUGGUCUGUUGCCAUCAUUCAGGGGUGGCAAUCCAUCUAGGCAGGCCUUUGAUGCAGGUGUGAAAUUAAUUGGGGCAACGAGUCACUUUGUGACUGACGAACUUGAUGCGGGGCCCAUAAUUGAACAAAUGGUGGAGAGGGUAUCCCACAGGGACAACCUGCAGAGCUUUGUGCAGAAAUCAGAGAGCCUUGAGAAACAAUGUCUUUCAAAGGCUAUCAGAUCUUAUUGUGAGCUUCGAGUAUUACCUUAUGAAGGAAAGAAGACAGUUGUAUUUUAAUGGGUUACAAAGCGCCAAAAUGAGACGCCAAGCUACAUGUGUCGGAAAGAGAUUGCCAUAGUUCUUUUUCCCAUCCUUCUUGUAUUUUAUAGCGUAAUCAUUUGUUUGAAUAUAACAAUAUGCACCAAAACGAGGUGCAUUUACAUGUGAACUCACUAAUUUAAUCAAAUGGAAAUAUUCAUGUUAUAAU